AUGAAUUUUAGCUCAUACCGCCCACCCCUACACAUCAGCAGUGGAUCUGGUCUUCAGCCUCUUGAUAAUCAAAACUCUAGUAUCAGGGGGAUCAUCCUGAAGAAACUCCUGGAAAACUUGGGUUUGGAGGGUUACUAUAAAGACAAGCUCACUGUCGGCAAAGCCCUGCAGAUUGGGAAGAACAGUGUCUCAGAUGACCCUGUCCAGUCCCAGACUGAUUUGCCAUGGCUGUUCCUGAAGAGACUGAUGAUACUAAAAAGGACUGCGAGGAGUGUUAAAUGUCCCUCAUCAGAUGGAGCAAAGACAGAUCAUUCAGACUGGGAUGAUGAUCACGAGAGUGAUGAAUCAGACACUCAUCUGUCAGUAAAUCCUUUAGACAUAUUAACUGUCCUGUUUCUUUGUUCUGACAGUUUUCUUCAGCAGGAAAUAAUUUUGAAAAUGUCAAUGUGUCAGUUGUCUGUUCCACUGUUGCUUCCUAACAGUCAUAAACGCCAGAUCACACUUAUGCUUUGGGCAAUGAGAGAUAUUGUGAAGAAAUACAGACCGCACUCCUUGCAAGAUUCAAGUGGAUUUGUGGAAGAAAGGAUUGCUCUGUCAGAAUUACCUUUAGUGUCUUUUGUUAGACUUGGAAGAUGCAACAUUUCCAAAUCAGAAAUUCUGAAUAAGUUACUCAGCAAUCCACAACAGUACACUGACACCUUUGUACACUUUAACAUGGAUUGUGGUAACAUCAAAAGGAAAAUAUCAAAUGGCUUGGUUGAGAUCAGCUGGUAUCUUCCUUGUGGUAAUAAAAACAUUGAUGUAUUUACUGAGCCUGUAGCCAUUGCAAACCUGAGAGGUGACAUACAGGACUUUGAAACACAAUACUCUUUUCUUUGCCAGGCUUCCACUGCAGUGUUUGUAUUUUUUGACUACAAACAUUUAGAUACAGACAAUAUUUCAGUAACCAGUCAGAAAUCUGAGCUUGAAUUGUUUUAUGUGGCAGAGUCCAACAAUGAGACCAUAAAAGCUACAGUAAAGAAGCUCAAUCUGAAGAAAACCAAUUUCAUCUUCAAAGCCAAACAGAAUGAUACAGACUUUGUUGAAAGAAUUCGCACCAAGUUGCAAGAAGCAAUCGAGAAGAACAAACACAAAAUGUCAGUUGUUCGAUUAGCUGAGGUUGCAAGAAAAUUAGGGAUCUUGGUGGAUGAGGAUACUGAAGAAUGUCAAAGAGCUAAAGCGAGUGCAGAUGAAAUCAUAUCAAAAAUAAAUUAUAUAGUGCAGUUCAAGAAAAAUGAGCUGCCCUUACAGGGAGAGAUGUUGCUUGAAUUGGCCAAAUUAGAGAAAGAGGAAUGCAGAUUGAAGAAAGCAGGAGAUCAAAGUAUUGAGAACUACAAAAGUGACCUUCAGAUGAAGAUGAAAGAGCUCAGAGAAAAGCAAAACACAACAGUUAUGUCUGAUACUAUGAUUUGCUUUAUCAGUGCAAUAGCAACACCAAACAAAGUCUACUUCUUAAAAUGGUUCAGAAUUUUGUUUGAAAAUCUCUCCCAUGAAGUCCUCCCUUCUCUCAGAGAACAGUACAAACAGAAAUGUCAAGAUGCUGUUGGCAACAAGGAGGAAAUUGCUGAACUUGACAAAAGGAUAUCAAACAGUUCUUUAGGAGUUGAACAUUUCAUUCGUGAGAUGAGCCAACUUUAUGAGGCUGCAGUCUCACUAUCAGAUGAUUCACUUUACCAAAAACAACUGGAACACUUAACCAGACUCUGUGCACAGCUACUGUUGGAUGGAUUUCCACUUGAACUUGUAGAUGGAGAUGCUUCAAAUGUCCCUGUUAAAUGGCUGACAAGUGUGAUGACUGAAUUAAACACAUUAGUGAAGCCUUACAAUAAGAUUGGGGUUGUCACAGUUUUGGGAGUUCAGAGUUCAGGAAAGUCGACCCUGCUGAACACAAUGUUUGGAGUUCAGUUUGCUGUAAGCAGUGGCAGAUGUACCAGAGGCGCCUUUUUGCAACUUAUUAAAGUAACAGAUGAUUUCAAAGCAGAACUGAACCGUUGUGACUAUAUACUGAUAAUUGAUACUGAGGGACUAAAAUCUCCUGAGCUUGCACAGCUAGACAACAGCUAUGAACAUGACAAUGAGUUGGCAACUCUUGUUGUUGGACUGAGUGAUAUCACAAUUAUUAACAUCACCAUGGAGAACUCCACUGAGAUGAAAGACAUCUUACAGAUCGUCGUUCAUGCUUUCCUCAGGAUGAAAGAAAUAGGUAAAAAGCACAGAUGUUUGUUUGUACACCAAAAUGUUGCAGAUGUCUCAGCCCAUGAUUCAAACAUGAGAGAUCGUAAAUUUCUGAUGGAUCAACUAAAUGAAAUGACACAAGCUGCAGCCAAAAUGGAGAACAAGUUGAAUUUCAUGAAAUUUACAGAUGUGAUGCAGUAUAACACUGAGACUGAUGACCACUAUAUCCCAGGACUGUGGCAUGGAAACCCCCCAAUGGCACCAGUGAAUACAGGCUAUAGUGAGUCUGUGUUUGCUCUCAAAAAACAAAUAAUGAAGAUCUUUGAAUGUCACAAUCCUGGCAACAUUGAUGAAUUUCUUGAAUGGACCAAAAGUUUGUGGACUGCUGUGAAAUAUGAGAAGUUCAUCUUCAGCUUCAGAAAUAGCCUGGUGGCUGAUGCAUACAUGAAACUGUGCACAGAGUACAACAGAUGGGAGUGGUCAUUGAGAAAACAAAUGCACACAUGGGCAUUAGAAGCUGAAACUAAAAUCCUGAACCAUGGAAAAUUUGACAUCUCUGAGCUCACAGUUGAAGAAGUAAAGUGUCAACUGCAACUAGAAGCAGACACUGAGCUUUUAAAAGGAGAAAAGGAAAUUAUUGACAAGAUCACAUCAUACUAUGAACAAGGAGAGGGUCAUGUUGAGCUUGUGGAGAGUUAUCGUCAAGAUUUUAUAAAUUCUGCCAAAUCUCUGAAGAAAGAACUUUCAGAUUCGAUCACAAGCAAACUGAACACAGCUCUUUCACGUCGAAAUGGAAUGAUGAAGGUGGAGAGGAUUAAAAAGACAUACAUGGAUACAAUAGAAGGGAAAGUGCUAGAUUUGCUUAAAGACUGCCGUGAGAAGAAGUCAAAUAUGUCAGAACAUGAGCUGAAUAAAGCCUUCGAAAAUAUGUGGCAACAAACACUUAAGACACUGCCUUUGUGGAAUAAACAACCACAAGAUAUCGUAAAAAGAGUUUUACAUUAUUUGAGGAUUAAUCUUGGAGCUAAAGGAAGUUCAGUGGCGCAGAGCUUAGACACAGUCAUCAAUAUAAAUACAUACGGCUGUGAGAAAUUUGUUAUAACGAAAGGCAACAUACUCACUAAGCACUUGCAUAGUAAAUGGAUAAAGAGGGCUCAGGAGACAGCAGACAGCAUUAUUGAAGAUUGCAGGCAUUUUGUUAAAGAAAUGCAAAAACGUAAGGAUGAUUAUGAUGAGACAUACAUGAGGGAACUUCUUAACAUGAUUGAUGACAAACUUAAAACUCACGAAGAUCUUCCGUUAAAUGAAGAAUUUGAACUGAACAUUAAACUUCACAUAUGUGGCUUUGCAAGCAGAGCCUUUCAAGAGAUUCACAAACAAUUCAUCCUGGACAACUGCCCUCAUAAAGCUUUGGAAAAGCACAAAAUAACAUACUAUACUGACUUCAUAGACCUUUUUCAUGAAAGAGAUCAGUGUCAGAAGAAAAGUGAUGAAUUCACAACAAAAUGCCUAAAACCUGCCUUAGAAAAAUACAUUUCGGAGGUCUUGGGCACACAAAUGGCAGACGAAAUGUUGCGUGGUGAAAAUUCACAAGUUUUUGGAUCACGGACAACAUUUCAGAAUUCACUCUUGAAAACACUUCUUUAUGGAUUACAGUUUAAAACAUAUUUGCGUUUUAUUUUGUCUUAUGAAGCAUUUGUAAAAUACUUUAUUCUUGACAAAAUCAUAAAACACUUCUCAGCAGAAAACAGAAUGUUCAAAUUAGAAGAAAAACUCCUGGAUUUAGUUACCAGUGAAAUAACACAGGCCAUCGAAGACACAGAAAAAUAUCCAGAGAAAUAUCAAGACAUGAAAGGAUUCAUCCAGAAUAUUUGUGAGACACUUAAACACAGGCUUGUUUUUCCCAAGGAUGAAGUGGACAGAAUCAGUUCAUUGACCAAUGUGAAUACAAAACAAGUUGCUGAAUGUCUUAAAUGCUCUGUGAUGGACAUGAAUGUGUCAAUGAAAAAAAAUAUCCAGGGAGACAUUCAACUGAAGGUGAAGUCUCUGCAAACCAAACCACAAGAUUUGUUGUUCAAGCGAGUGCACGGCUGUGGAAAACAGUGUCCAUUCUGUAAAGCACCAUGUGAGGCUGGAGGAGAGGCCCACACCAAACACUUUGUCUCAAUUCACAGACCAGACGGUCUCGGCUGGUACACAUUUAUUCUAUCUGGAAAAUUAUCUACUGACAUCUGCACAUCACUGGUGCUCAGCGACAAGACUUUCAUGUGUCAAGACACCAAUAAUCAGCACCAUCCAUAUAAGAAGUACAGUGAAAUCUACCCAGACUGGCGAAUUGAUCCAGACCCCAGCAUAGAGGCCUCAGCCUACUGGAAAUUCGUGAUGACACAUUUCAAUAAGGAGUUUGCUGACGAGUGCGAUGCAAAGCCUGCAGAUAUACCAUCAACCUGGAUUAACAUUAGUAAGUCCCAGGCAGAAGAAAGUUUAAAGUAA